AUGAAGUUUCGCAAGUCAUCAUCGACAGUGGCUGUUGUGCUUUGCUGUUUCACUAGUAUGCAUGAACCAUCGCUAGCUGAUGCCUUUCAGCUGAAUAAGACAUAUCGAAUACACAGUCCGUUGCAUUAUAAGGUUCAAGAUACCAAUACUAGAAUAAGUACGUCACUGUACUAUUCAAGUGACGAAUUUCAUCCCAGCCGGUGGGCGGAUCCAAAGCAGAGACGCAAGAAUCGAAAACGAUAUCAGAAAAAUAACAAUCAGAAGAAUCAGAAGAAUCCUUCAGGAAACCUUGAGACUAAGACCAAGAAUGGUCAUCCGAGUCGUCACCUGAACAACAGUAAUACCAACGGCUUCCAUAAAAAGUGCUUCAUCCGCAAAGACGCCCAGAGUUCCCAAGAAAGUAAAGCGAAAAAGCAAUGGCUCAAGCGAAACUCGGAUGCAAUGCUGCUGACAACACCGGGAUCCUUGCAAAAAGGAAAGUGGCACGAACUUGUGUCUUUGCUAAAAGCCUGGUCCAAGAGAAGCAAAUUUGAUGAAGAUGCACCUUUGUAUGUGGAGCAGUUGCUCCAACGACUGACACAGGAACGAGUGUCUGGCAAUCCAGAAGCCAUUGCGGAUACCGAAUUGUACAACAUUCUCUUGGACACUUGGGCAUGUGCUGCCUUGUUUCUCUUGCCCGAGAGUUCCGAAACGGCAUCCCAACGAGCCAGAGAAAUUCUUCGUCACUUUCAGGAUUCUUCCAAUCACGAUGAAAUGGAUGUGUUUAGACCCAAUGAACAAUCCUUUUCCAUGGUAUUUGAUGUGGUCAAUCGCAUUGAAGGACCUCAGGUAACUCGACGUCUCCUGGGAUGGAUGGAAAAUUUGUAUUCCACUGGCAAGAAUCCACAUGCCAAGCCUUCCGAAAAGUAUUACCGGACCAUUUUGGAUUCCUACGCGAAUAGUGGUCAUGACAAUGCGGGAUUGCUUGCGGAAGGUCUUGUGAGACACAUGCUAGCGACGGGGAUUGUCCAACCCGAUACCGUGUGUUACAACCUUGCCAUCAAGGCUUGGUUGCGUGCAAGGAAGGGUCGUCAAUCGGCCGAACAUGCCCAACAAAUCUUGGAAGAAAUGGAGGCUCCCAAGGAUAUUGUCACCUAUAGCACUGUCAUUGCCGCCUGGGGUGCUUCUGGUAUGAGGUCUCAUGCGGUGGAUAGUGCCGAGAAGCUUUUACGAGAAUUGAUGGACUCGACUGAAUUGCAACCCAAUACUGUCGUUUUCAAUACAGUCAUGUCUACCUGGGUCAAGUCCAAGGAUCCCAUGGCGUCCAAACGGACUCGAGAACUACUCAACCUGAUGGAAGGAUCCCAAUACGAUUCUUCCUCCUCGCAACAUUAUUUUCCUCCCGACUUGAUUUCGUACAACACUCACAUCCAUGCCUUGUCUCAACAUGGGAGUCUGCCUGGAUAUGCCCAACAGGCCAAUGGUGUACUCGAUCAAAUGGAACUAUCCCAUGAACAAGGACUGGCAUCCUUUCGACCCAAUUUGUUUACGUACAAUUUGGUGAUCGAUGCAUGGUCCCGAGCUUCUGAAAAGGAUGAACCAGAGGCCGCUUGGAAUGCCGUUCGCGUCUUGCGAAGGCUCAUUACUUCCACCAGAUUACCAGAUCCAGAUACCUACUCAUUCAAUCAGGCCUUUGCGGCCUUGGCCAAGAGUCAAAAGGAAGGGGCAGCCGCCAUGGCGGUCCAACUACUGCAGUACAUGGAAAAUGCCCAUCGCCUCAAGAUGCACAAGAGUGUCCGCCCGGAUGUGAUUGGAUACACUUCGGUUAUUUUGGCAUUGACGAGAAGCAAACAAGCUGAUUCGGCAGAACGUGCCGAAGCCAUUUUGAGACGCAUGAAGGAACGUCAUGCCAAUGGCGAAUCGCACAUGAAACCCAAUCGGGCGUGUUUUCAUGCCGUCAUUGACUGUUGGGCCAAGAGUGAUAAGGGCACCUUGGCCGCACGCAAAGCGGAAGCCUUGCUCCAAGAAAUGGAAGAACUCUGUGCCAAUGGAUUACCAAAGGUGGCACCGAAUACCUAUACCUACAAUGCCGUACUGAAAUCCUGGGAAAAGUCUGGGACGAGAUGUUGUGGGAAUCAAGCACAGAAGCACCUGGAGCGCAUGUGGAAACUUCAUCAAGAUGGCGACAGCACGAUUGCACCAGACGAUUUGAGUUUCAAAAUUGUCAUUGACGCCAUUUCCAAGAGUGAAAGCGAGUCCAAAGCCCAGAAAGCACUCCGACUUCUUCGCCGAAUGGACAAAUGGUACCAAUCGGGAUACGAAAAUGCUCGUCCCAACGAAGAGACGUAUACGACAGUAUUGAGUUCCUGCACCUUUCCGGCAGAUCACUCGGAUUUCAAGACCCGUCGCAAGGCAUUGGACACUGCCAUUUUUACUCUACAAGAAUUACAAUCGUCUCGGUAUGGACAGGCAGAUGACGUUGCCUAUGCUACCUUUAUGAAGGCUUGCGCCAACCUGGCCUUGCCAUUACCAAGCAAAAUGGACGGUGGUCGGCAACGACACAAGGAAGAAAGGCUCAUGUUACGGGAAGUGAUUCGAGCAACCUUUAAGCAAUGCUGUGAGGAUGGGCAAGUGGGUGAGACUUUUUUGGAACACUUGAAAAAUGCCGCUCCGCCUGACUUGUACAUGCAACUACUGUCGGAAGCCAUGCUGGAUCAGAUCCCAAGUUGCCCAGCAUUUGAAGUGGACGACUGCGACCCAAUCGAUUUUAAGGAUUAUCGGCAGUGUGGUUCGGUUGCAGAACUUUUCAAACAGCUGCCAUAUGAAUGGCGGUGCAACGCUCUGUCGACGACUGGUGGAACCGACUAA